AUGUUCAGAUCAUCCGCCUUGUCAAUUCACAAAAUUAUUGCCAACACCGUUUCUAAAUUAAAUUUACACAAUCAUUAUCAACAAACAGCUAAUCGAUUAGCGUCAUCUUUGAACAAUAAUUAUCAUCAUCACAAAAGCAACCACCAAUUGUUUUUAUUAAACUCAACAUCAUCAUGCUUAUUUUCUGUAACACAAAGGAAUAUUUUCAUACGAUCGAGCGAGACGCCCAAUCCCGCAAGUAUGAAAUUCUUUCCCACUGAAUUUAAAGUUUUAGAUGAAAAAGAGUAUCCCGACAUUUCCAGUCUUGAAAUUUCAAACCCACUUCAAUCCUAUGUUUCACCACUCGCAAAAUUAUUAUUUAAAAUUGAUGGAGUGAAGGGAGUGUUUUUGAGUCGUGACUUUGUAACAGUGACCAUUGAUGAUCCUUCCAUGUGGUCGCAGGUAAAACUAGAAGUAUUUUCAACAUUGAAUAAUUUCUUUGAGAAUGGAGGAGUUGUUUUGAAUCGAGAUGCCAAGCCAAACGAAGACACCAUGAUUCAGGAGGGUGAUGACGAAGUGGUCAUUGCAAUCAAGGAAAUUUUAGAAACUCGAAUUCGUCCCAUGGUUCAAGAAGAUGGCGGUGAUAUUGUCUUUUCUCGAUUCGAUUAUGACACUGGUACUGUCUACGUCAAGCUUCAAGGCAGUUGUGCUAGUUGUCCAAGCUCAACAGAAACACUCAAGAAUGGUAUUGAAAACAUGCUCAUGCAUUACGUGGCAGAAGUUGAACGUGUCGAGCAAGAGUUGGACCCACUGGAAGCUGUCAGUGAAGAGCAGCUUAAAAAGACUGAGGAAAGAAUUGCAAAAGAAAAGAACAUUGUUGAUCAGUUUAUGGCGUAG